AUGCGUCCCACGUCGCAACAUCCAAGACCGAUUUCCUACGCUACACCAAAGCCGUCCUCAAUUUUGCAGAAGGAACCUUUUCCACUCAUCGAGCCACCGUGGCUAACGCAGAUACCGAAAGAUGACACAGAUGACAUCUGCAACGCCCUUUUUGAAGCUGCAGCCAUUCCCUUGAAGAAUCUGGAUGACCUGUGUGCGCAGCUGACUCACAUUCCCAACGACGGAGAAAAGAACUCCGUCAGCUUCUUUUUAACUAGGCCCAUCGGGCAACCACCCAGAGGUAUUCCACCUCCUUGGCGCGGAGAUGUGAACCAUCUGUUUGAAGAAAUGCUUCGAGAUGAGGUUAUAAAGCCAUCCAAGUUACCAUGGGCCCCUCCUAUCGCGAUGGUAAAGAAGAAGGACAGCAAACUGCAAUUGUGCAUCGACUGUAGGAAGUUGAAUGCCGUAACCAUGGCUCCUUACAUAGGUCGCAGUGGUUCUCCACCUUAG